CUGUACGUGGCAGUCACAGAGCAGUACACAGCAGCCGAGGCUGGAGCGGCUACUCCUGCAACAGCUCACUCAUACAAACCGUCAUCCUGCUUCUCUGCAGGAUCAACUGAAGCAAGGACAAUCUUUAUAUUGUCAGACUUACACCGACGCUUGUUUUACUAUACUUAAACCAUGUUUACCUUGUCGGAAGUUGUUGUUUUGUUGGCCGUCCUGUGUGCCACUGCGUCCGGCUACUUCGUUAGCAUAGACGCCCAUGCCGAGGAAUGCUUCUACGAGCGGGUCAACUCCGGCACCAAGAUGGGCCUCAUGUUUGAAGUAGCUGAAGGAGGUUUUCUCGACAUCGAUGUUGAGAUAACAGGGCCUGAUGGUAAGCAGAUCUACAAAGGGGACAGGGAGUCCAGCGGGAAAUACUCAGUUGCAGCACACAUGGAUGGAACCUACAAGUUCUGUUUCAGCAACAAGAUGUCCACCAUGACUCCUAAGAUUGUCAUGUUCACUAUUGACAUUGGAGAGGCACCUAAAGGCCAAGACAUGGAGACAGAAGCUCACCAAAACAAGCUGGAGGAGAUGAUCAAUGAACUGGCUGUUGCUAUGACGGCUGUAAAGCAUGAGCAGGAGUACAUGGAGGUCCGCGAGAGGAUACACAGAGCAAUCAAUGACAACACAAAUAGCCGCGUGGUGCUGUGGUCAUUCUUUGAAGCUCUGGUUCUGGUGGCGAUGACACUUGGACAAAUUUACUACCUGAAGAGAUUUUUUGAAGUACGGCGAGUGGUGUAGUGUGAUUCAUGACCCCUCUGUGUCCUCCACUGUUUUCUCCAACACCAAGACAGAUAUUUACAUUCUGCAAAUGAGACUGGCAGUUUGAGCAAAGCCUACGCAUAAUUGGAUCUCCAAUGAUUUGAUCUGCUGUUACCUGUUUGGUUCUUUCUUCAUAAGUGUACAAGUUGUUGGUUUUUUUUUUUUUUUUGCAACAGGAGGCCAAACAUUGCUGAGACAUAUGUCAUUUGUCAUUAGAAGUUUUCUGUUUAAUUUGACAGAGUUCUUUUUCAAUACUGUUAAUAAUAAUCUCAGUUUAGUACCAAUUUAAUUGCCAGUGCAGUUUUGUCUGUGUGAAUGACUGAGGCUCAUAAUUUUGUGUAAAAGCAGUCACCUGAAAAGACUUAGAAAUGCACAUCAGUGGGUUGGCAUGUGUGGAAUCACCACAGGAGAAUGUAACCCCUUAUAAUAUGAAACAUUUUUCCACUGAUAAAAAUGAAAUUGGCUUGAUGUCAGAGAUGCAGGGGGUUUUGUUUUCAUGGUGUCAGUCAAGUUGAACAAUGUACAAGCACAUUAUGUGAUAUCUGUACAUUGUGUAUUGCUCUCAAACAACAAAUUGCACUCCUGUUGAAAAUGUCCGUGUCCGAAGGAUUUACUUUACAGCUGGUCUUUAAGGGAAAAUGUACAGCUUCUAGCUCUUUUGAUUCAUAGAAAUCCACACCAUGGGGGAACGACACAAUUCCCCAUGUCGUUCAGAAAAUAAACAAUGGGUGAGUGGUUGUUCUCUACUUGAUUUUCAGCCACUUAAUAGAUUCACUCAGCAGCGAGACUAUGGAAAGCAUAGUCAGCGCUGGAUUCAAAACUGAACUACAUGGGUGUGCAACUCCAAAGCGAAGUGUAGAGGAAUACUGAAAUACUUGUUACAUGUUGAUUGAUGGUGGGUGGGUGGGUGGGUGGGGUGGGGGUCUGACACCUAAUGACUGCUGUGUGCUUUAGUUGCUUCUAUAGUUGUUUUGUUGGGAUUCUGGGUUUUAAAUUAUGCGAUUGUAUACAGUUUUAAAAAAUUUAUUUUUCCUGGAGCAUAUUCAGUGACAUGUUAUUUUGAAUGAGGCCUUUCCAAGUACUAUGUUUUACCUUUUUAUGUCCUCACAUGAGGUAAAAAGUUAUCGUCCAAGGCAGUAGCUUUACAUCAAUGACACAGCUGUGACCUAAGCGUUGCAUGAUACUGACUAUGCUCCAGUUUUGUAUUAACAAUCUUCGGUGAGCUUGGGCAGGUUAUCUGCUCUGUACACAGUCUCUCCUUUUUGUGAUUACAAAAAUCUGAUAAAUGGUCAAAUGUAGAAUGGUUGUCUGUGGAAAACACCCCAGGUUUCAUAAUAAAGCCAAUAUUCUGUACAAUUAU